AUAUGUCGCAUUUUUUAUUAUAAGUGACAAUUAAAAUAAAAAUAUAAAAAAGUGACAUUUAUUAUAAAUUAUUGUUAUUCUUUUUGAGAUUAUAUAUUUGGACUAAGUUUUUUGCCACAAAAGUACAGAUAAAAUGGUCUAAUUAUGGCUUACUGCAAAGUCAUAAUUAUUUCAGCUAUCUUUUUUGCUUUUAUAAACAUUGGUUUAUCAAAUGCAGAUAGUUUAUGGAAAUUUAUUAAAAAGAUUGAUUUAAACGAAGAAAAUUGUUUCUUCAAGUAUGUAUCUAACUUUACCAUACAAGAUGUAAAUCAAUCGAUAUGUAAUUGUUCAAAUGUUUGUCUACAAAAAGGUUAUCUUCAUUUUGUUUCCAUCAAUGACUUAUGUUUCUGUACAAAUAGGAGUGAUUAUUUAAGGAGAUGCAGUUGUCCCAAAAAUUUAAACUGCAGUUUGUAUAAUACAGAUGGCUGUUGCCUCAGUUACUUUAAAAUAAAAUCUUCUAUAUUGGAAAUGGGCAAAAAUGCAUCUAUAUUUUGCAGUACAUGUAAUAAUUAUGAAUAUGAUAGUAUAAACUUUACUAGUAAUCAUCGUAGUUUUCAUUUCACCAGAAAUGUACAAGAGAAAAACAGUUUUGAGUUUGUUGUCAACACUCAGUACAAAAAUGAAAGUUUUUACUUGUGUUUAACUGCAUUUGACAUCCAAUCAAAUAUGCUUCAUCAAUGUUGGUUUUUUUAUGUAUAUCCAUCUCCAAUUAUUUUGUUAAAAAUAGAAAAUGUUACAGAUAUGGCAAAUGGAAGUGUAGCUGUUCAAACUAAUUCAUGUUUUUCUCUCAAUUUUACCAUUAAUGGUAAUUUUUCAGUUUUGUUGUUUAACAUUAGUAACGGAUUUUCAAAAGAAAUUCAAUUUAAACUUCCAUCACAUAAAUGUCACACUGUUAUUGGUUCUACUUUUUUUUCUUAUCCUGGCGUUUAUUCAAUGACAAUUACUGCAAAAAGUUCAGAUUUUUUGCAAACCCAUGUUCAACAUAUAUCAGACUUGUUUGUUGUUCAAGAUGAAAUUCAAUAUGUUUGUUUGGAAUCUACAUAUGGAUUCUUAGGCAUGGUUUCAUCAUUUAAAGCAAAGAUUUAUGGUUCUCAUUCCAAUAUUAAAUUUGAAUGGUAUUUUCGAGAAGAAAACACAACAAUAUUUACAGAUACACCUGAGUGUCAAUACAAUAUAUCAUAUAAUGCAUCUUUUUUGUUCCCUGUACAACUCACUGCUCGUAACUUUGUCAGUAGUAGAACUACUGAAUAUGAUGUCAUAAUUGUUCCUUACAUAAAAGAAGUCAUAAUAACUCCAAACAAGAAUCCUGUUCUUGAAGAGGAUCAUGUCAACUUUACUGUUAUAAUAAAUAAACCAAUCACUUUGUGGCAUCCAAAAUUCUCUUAUUUAUGGACAUUUCAAAUAGACUCUCAUAUAAAUACCCACAAAAGCAACUUGCUAGAUUUUAUAGCACCGUCUUCUGGAGUAAUGUUUGUUACAUUGUCUGUCACUAGUGAUCUACUAACUGUGAAUGGAAGUUGCCUGCUUUAUAUUAUAAAAAGAAUAAAACCAUUUCAAGUGCAUUACAAAACAUUUCAACUUGGAGAAAUAACAUCAUUUUCUGGUUUUUUUAAUGUUGCUGAAUAUGAUGCUUCCUUCUUCAACAUAGAUUAUAAUCCUAAAAUCUUAUGGGUGUUUGGAGAUGCUCAACAGAUGGUUUCUUCUGAUAUAGCAGUUAAACAUAAAUAUAAUAGAACUGGAGUUUUUUUUGCAUAUGUCAACGUUUCCAAUAUUUUGUCAUCAUACACAAGCUAUGUAAAGGUUUAUGUGCUAUCUGAACCAUGUGAUUUAGAAAUCUAUUUCCCUUUAGAUUGGGAUACUUUGAAGGAUAUUCAACUUUAUGAAAAUAUUGUAUUUAAUCCUAGAGUUGAAGUUAAUUGUCUAAAAGCUACGAAUAUCAGUUUCAUGUGGGAGUUUGAAAAAGAUCACUUAAAAGAAUAUUCAAAGGUUUUUAAAUUUUUUGAGCCAACAUUAAACAUUCCUGCAAGUGCAAUAGGUGUUGGAACAUGGAAGUUUCAUUUUACGGUUUAUUUGGAUACUCAAAAUGUUUUUAGAAAUUAUACAAACACUCUGCGUAUUAAUAGAGGAGGAUUAAAAGCAGUCAUUAGGAAUAAUGGCGUUCGUUUCAUCAAUUUUAAUCUAAAAAGUUCUAUUCUGUUAAUUAGUGAUUCAUUUGAUCAAGACAAACCAGAUGAGAAAACUUAUUUAAGGUACUCCUGGCAGUGUUAUACUGAAAAGUAUACAAAUUGUUUCAAGUCAGGUUUUCCAUCUCAGAGUUUAAAUGGAAGUUGGUUGAUCUUCUUUCCCUACGAGUUAGUUGAAUCUUCAAAAAGAUUUUUAUUUAUUUUGACUGUUGAAAAAGAUGGCAUACCACCUGAUGAAGAUACCAUUUUAUUUAAAGUGGAUACUCGAGUUAAAUUGCAAACUGCCAUUAUGUGCGAUACAUGUAAAGAAAAUGGAUAUUCUUCAUUUGCUAAGAUGAAGUUUCAUGUUGUCUGUGCAGAAUGCAAGGGAAAAGAAGUAACAUACUUUUGGAGUGUAAAAUUUAGAUAUGAAAAUUCACCUCUGCUUACAAAUUUUCAUAAAUGUAUGCCAACUUCCUGGCCUGCAGCCUUGUUAAAAAAUUAUGAUGGAUUGUUUGCACCUGCUAACUUGUUUCCUCUUGCUGUUAAAACUGCUUUAUCAAAUCAAAUUAUAGAUUCACGCUGUAUUAAUUAUAUGCCAGUCUAUAGUUCUGAUCAGAGCUGUUCUCAAAUAAACUUUGUCAAUGAAGCUUGUUUAAAAUCAAAUCAAACAGUUAGAUCCAAUUUCUUAUAUUCUAUGAAAAAAAUGUAUAAAGCAACAGAUUCUACUACUUUUAAUAAAGAAAGUUUAAUUCCCAACACAAUUUCUUGGACUAAAGAUAGUAUACUUAAAACAACUAUUACUGACCAAAAAAAAGAAUAUAAUCAAAAUAAAUAUUUAGAACUAAAAGCUGAUAAAGAUCUUUCCCAAUACUUUACUGACAGAUCAAAUUAUUAUAGCCGUGCAAUAAAUAAAGGUGAUUAUAUAUAUGAUAGCAAUAAAGAAAAUUUCUUGAUACAGGCAAACUCUUUAAUUCCUGGACAACCAUAUGAAAUAUCUGUAAAUAUUUUUAAUGGAACAAAGCAAGAUCCAGUUAUUGCCUCUUCUAUUAUGUAUUUUAAAACUGAGGAGCCUCCUAUUAAAGGUUCUUGUUUUUUGAUUCGAAACGAAACAGGAACUGAGUUUAAAACUGUGUAUUCCAUUAAAUGUGAAAAUUGGAAAAGUAAUCAUACAUUGUUGUACACAGUCACAUCUGAAAACAAUGAAGUUAUUGUUCACUCUUAUGUAUUUACAUUUGAUUUUAUUCUCUCUGUUGAUUUUACUUUAAAUGGAAAAAAAGCAAAUUUAAUUGUUACAAUUGAAGAUGAGGAUGGAAGAUGGAUUUCAUUGUGUCCUCUUUCUGUGACAGUUUUCAAGAACAGCAAUGUUAGUUAUUAUAAUAUUUUCUCAAUGUUAAACGAAAUAGAAAGUAAAAAAUUGGUAACUGAUGCCAACUUGGAUUUACAGAAAAUUACUGUUCUCCUUCAUAAAUUUAAUAGAAUUUUUGCAAAUCAUUCAAAUAUUGAGGAGUCAUAUAGAAUUAAAGAAAAAGUUUGCAAGUUGCUUCCUAAAUAUAUAUACCAAACUCCUGUAAGAAUGGCAAUACGUGCUUUUAGUUUGAUUCUUGAAAAUCCUGCAGAGUUAUCAGCAAAUUGUACAUAUUGGAUGCUUCAAUCACUAAAUGAGAUGAUUCGCUUUAGACAAUCAAAACAAUUAUUUCGAAGAGGAAAGUAUCAGACAUUUAUUAAUGAUUCAAACAAUAUUGUUUCCAAACUACUGUAUAUUUCUAAAUGCAAAUCUAUUGAUGAGUUUAAGUUAAUCUAUCAAUAUCAAAGAAUAUUUAUGAAGUUUGUGAUGCAGGAGUAUUUUUUGAAUGAAACAAUAACAGUUCAGUCUGAUACAGCACUAAGUGUGUUUGGCCAUAAAGGUUUUCGAAAAAAUUGGAUCGUUCAACCUGACUUGAUGAUUGAUAUUAAAAAUAUUGGUUAUAUGUAUUUGACAAUUACAUUGUUUAACAAAAGUUUUUGUUGGCUUGAUCAGAGUUCUGUUUACAUGGUAGAUGUUAACAUAUUAAAUGAUGACAGUCAUCAUUCAACAAUGCUAUCAAAACAACAAAACAGCUCAGAACAUUUUUUUGAUUUAUCAUUUAAUAUAACCCAUGUGGAAACCACCUCUUAUACUUUGGAAUGGGGAAAAAUUAAUUUUCAUGAGUUUAUAUUAAGUGAUGAGGAUGUUGAGAAAUUUCAUUUUAUCUUUGAAAUAAAGGAACAAAGUGUUGACUACCACAAUUUUUAUAUUCGAUUUGUAGUAAGAUACAAUUCAAAUAAAAAGAAUUUAACUUGGAUAUUUCAAGAAGAGUUAAGAAAUCACAAAUUUAUAUCUAGCUUUUCACCAAAAGAUAUUGAAUUUGCCUCAUCCUUCAAUGCCACAUUUGAAAUUGUGCCAACAAAUCAACGAAUUAUUCAAAAAUACAAAGUUUUUAGCUUUAAAGAAAAUCCAUGGAUAAGUUACAUGAUAUCUAUGAAGAGUUCAUUUUGCAAGCAUUGGGAUCCUUUUAAAAAUUUUGUUCAAUCGAAACAGUGUUAUUUAGCAGAUACAUUGAUUUCUUCAGAACUUGUGUGUCGGUGUAAAGGAAAUGGCUUGGUGACAGGAUAUGUGAAAACACUUGACCAACAACAUUUCAUUAUGAUACCAGUACACAGAUUCAAGAAAAGCUUUGUAGUAAUUGCAGGGAUUGUUUUGUUGUUAGCACUGUUUUUUAUCAUGAUGGCUUACUCAUGUUAUGUUUAUAGAAAUUUUCCAUCUUAUAAUGUUGUCAUAGAUUUACCAGAUAAUCUUUCUUGUGAUAAGUAUAUAUACUACAUGGCAAUUGAAACAGGUCAUUCAUAUGGUUCUGGAACUUCUUCAAGAAUAUGUGCUGUAUUAUAUGGAGAAAAUGGUUGUUCACAAAAGUUUGAAAUUACUUGUAGUGACAAAAGAUUUAUGUUUCAGAGAUCAUCUACUGAUAUUUUGCUAUUGAGGUGCCCAAUUGAUUUGGGGCAAUUAACACACCUUUUGCUAUGGCAUAACAAUCAAGGUAGCUCUCCAGACUGGUAUCUUAAACAAGUUAUUAUUAAGUCACCUUGUGGUUAUUAUUAUUUUGCUUUAAAUAAUUGGCUUUCACUGUCACGUGGCUUACACAAGAUACACUGUAAUUUAAUUGCUACUUCUGAACCAUGUACAUCAAGAUUUCAGUUGUUUCUUGAGAGUUAUAUCGAUUACAACAUUUGGUUGUCUAUACUGCUUGGCCCAGUGGUUUCUCAGUUUUCAAUGAGCAAGCGUUUAGGUUAUUUACUUUCAAAGAUUUUGUUUUUUACUUCCGGAUCUAUUGUUUUAUUUAAAGAAGAAAUUAACAAAAAUAAAGGCAUUCUUGGUUUAUUCCAUAUUUUAUCAAUUACUCAUUUAAUGACUCCAGCUUUACUGGUCGUUAUGUAUAUACCAAUAUCAAUGGUUUUGACUUACUUUAUAAGAUUUAGUUUAAAGAACCCCCCAAAAAAGAGGAGAUUUGGGCGAUUCAAUAAAGUUGAAGACAUUCCAAACCAAAGUUUUGAAUUAACUGAAAUAAAGAAAGUCUAUCCAGAUUUUUUAUCAGACGAUCAGUUAAGCUGUCGUUCUUCUUUUUCUAAGUCGGAACAAAGCAAAAAACUUUAUUCAUGGAGCCCAAGUUUACGACUUUAUUUACAUUACAUUUCUUUGUGUAUUUUGGCUUUGGUUGUUACUUUGUGCUUAGGAAUCAUAGUGUGGAAGUCUUUAAUGGUAGAAAAUAACGGUCUUGAACUGUCAUGGAUGCAGUUUACUAUACUCUCAGUGUUGUGGGAUCUUCUAGUGAUCACUCCUGUUCUAAGUUCGAUAAAAUCUCUUGUUGUAUCAUCAUCAAAUUUAAAGAACUACUAUGAAGAACUAUUUAACUCCAGCCAUUAUUCAGAAAAUACAAAAAACUUUCAACCCUUUGAUUUGCUAUCUGUAAGGCAUCGUGCACGUUUUUUACGAUACGCUGCACCUGAAAAAUCAAAUAAGAUGAAGCUUUUAACUUUCAAAAGAGUCAAAGAAAAAGUUAUGAAAAGUUAUCUGAGGAAGGUUACUGAAUCCAUCGUUCUUUUAUUUGUGGUUACUGCUAUAGCUACUUCCAAUGAUGUCAAACAAUCCUAUAAUGCCAAUCAAAACAUUCGAAAUAUUUUAAACAAUUGGAACAUCUCUACUGUUAAUGAUUUGUGGAAUUGGUCACUUAAGUGUUUAUUGCCUGUUCUAAAUAAUGUUGAAAGUCUCCAAGACAAUAAGUGUUUGAUGCUCGCAUCCCUUAUUGGAGUAGCUAAGUUUUCUAACAAAAAUUCUUCAUAUACUGGUCAAAGGCAUCAAAUAUUAUCAAUGCUAAACAGUUUACAGAGCAAUGGAUUCUUUAAUUCGUCUACCUUUAUAUCAAUCAGUUUUAAUUUGCAAAGUAACUUAUCAGACUGUUUUGUAUUUAGCAUGGUUGAAAUUCAGUUCAUAAAGCUUCCAAAUAAAAAUUUUUUACGCAAGUUAAAUGUGGAAAGUUUUACUUUUAAAUCAGCGUUAGAAUCAUCAUUAAUUCAUUUUGUUGCACUGAUUCUGUUGAGUUUAUUAACAUUUUGGUUUUUUGUAAAACUGUAUUUAAAGUUUAUUCAAAAAGGAGCUGUUGCUUUUUUUGAUGCUUUCAAUAUUUUUAAACUUUGCUUGACAUUUUGUGGCUCAUUUGUAUGUGGAGUUAACCUAGUAAAAUGGGUGUUAGUGUAUGCUUUAAAUGUCAUGUUAGACAUGGCUGACUAUUCAUCUGAUUUUCUAGAUCUGACAUUAUAUUCGAAUUUUAAAAAGAUCGAAUACAUUUCCAAAGGCUUGUUGUUGUGCCUUGCAAGUUUUUAUUUUAUUUUCUCCAUUGGUAUACCAAGGAAGUUGUUAGGACUAUUUAGUAUACUAAAGAGCAGUCUGAAGAAGGUUGUGUCAUAUUUUAUAUUUUUUGCAGUCUGUGUUGCCAUGUUUUCACAUGUCCUUUUUAUAAUUUACCAAACACGAAUGCUUUAUACUAUGAAUUUUGCAUUUGUAUUACAAGUUAAUAAAAGAAACCAUAACAAACUUCACAACAACAAGCUUAGCUACAAAAUGUUUCACCUCAAUGAGCUUCAUUAUGCUUGUAUUGGUACUUUAUUUGGUGUUAUCACUUUGCUCUUUUUAAAAAUGAGUUGCAUUAUCUUUAUUGGUAAAAUAAAGAAUAAAAAACUUGAGCAAAUGCCAAACAAGUUUUCUUCUCUAUACUUAUUACACGACAGUUGGAUCUAUUACAAUAAACAAUUGCAAAAUUUAUUCAAUUGGACAUGCUUUAAAGAUAGAUUUCAAAAAUUAUUUAUCAAAAAAGUAGAUGAUAAUAAUGAUUGGACAGUGUACGCACCUCAGGAAUGUAUCUAUCAAGAGAUAAACUAUCAGCUUGAAGAAAUCAUUUAUCGAGUUGGUCUUUUUACUGAAAGCGAAGUCGAACUUUCCCAAGAAACAGUUGAAAGUUCAAUAGAAUCCGAACACGUUUUUGAACAUAAGUGUAUCUAUAAGUCAUUUACAAAAGAGGUUGUAUCAGAAAAAUAUUCAAUUGAUACUCAAAAUAAUGGCGCUUACUGCAAUCCGAUGUUUGACGAUUGUUAUGAAGUUUCUCAGUUCCAGAAAGAAAUCUCAAACGAUGGUUUAAUGAAUUUAAGAGAAUCUUCAAAUUUUCGUGAAGCUGUUGAGAAUUUUAAUAGCUUAUUUAAACGUUUUCUUUUGGACAGCGAAGUAAAAAAUGAUAGUAAAGUUGAACAAACUUGUGUUACAGAUAAAAGUAACACGAGAGAAAAGUUUAAUCGUUUUUUGAUUAAAGAUGCUAAAAAAUUUGAUAUGUAUUGUCAAGUCGAUGGGUUAACAGAUUCGUUAACUGGUUUAAAAAAAGUUGUGCGAGAAAUGGCAUAUCCAAAAGCAGACUGUACUUUUAUUGAAGAAGAUCACACAAACGCUACAAUGAAGUCCGAAACUUAUUUAAGUAAAUUUAUGUGGUCUACUGAAGGCGACCUUGAAAGCCAAAAGUUAAGGAGAAACAUGAUGCAAACACAAAACCCUGCUAAUAAUGGAAAAAAAGAAGAACCAAAUUUUAAUCGUUUUUUGUUACAUUCAAUGCAAAGCGAUACCAACAAUCAAAUGACUUUAGAUGAUAUUCGCUUUGCUUUAAAUUGCUUUAGCAAUACGAUGAAAACAUUAUCUAAAGAGGAAUCCUUAUUAAGGUUAAAAGAUUUAGAAGAAGAUAUUAUUCAAACAAACGUUGAAAAAAGACCACAAGAAUAUUUGGAUGAGUGGAUGUCUUUGUCUAGUUUGUUGUUAAGUAAAAAAAGACACUGUGGAAAUUUAGACAGUGGUUUAGGAUCAGUAUAGUUUAUUUAUUCUUAUAAUAUAUAAUCAGAAUUAUAA